AGGAAAUGCUAGAACUAGUGAUCUCUCCCAGCCUUACUGUAAACAGCGAUCAUCCGGGUAAACUGAAGGUUAACUGUGCCGACGCUGAUGUCUGGACUCUGAGUGACAUAGAAGGCAUCACUACAUCGGCUCUGAGUGUGUCCCAGCUCUUUGCAAGACCUUGCCCACGUGUCCUGCACAGCCAGCAUCCCACUGCCAUGGCAGCCUACGGCCAGACUCAGUACAGUGCGGGGAUCCAGCAGGCCACCCCCUACACAGCUUACCCACCUCCAGCACAAGCCUAUGGAAUCCCUUCUUACAGCAUCAAGACAGAAGACAGCUUGAACCAUUCCCCUGGCCAGAGUGGAUUCCUCAGCUAUGGCUCCAGCUUCAGCACCGCCCCCACUGGACAGAGCCCGUACACCUACCAGAUGCACGGCACAGCAGGGAUCUAUCAAGGAGCAAAUGGACUGACCAACGCAGCUGGCUUUGGAACUGUGCACCAGGACUAUCCUUCCUACCCCGGCUUCCCACAGAGCCAGUACUCCCAGUAUUACAGCUCGUCCUACAGCCCUCCUUACGUCCCGGCCGGCAGCAUCUGCUCCUCUCCCCUCUCCACGUCCACCUACGUCCUGCAGGAGGAACCUCACAACGUCCCCAGCCAGAGUUCUGAGUCGCUUGGCGGUGAAUAUAACACGCACAAUGGACCUUCCACGCCAGCCAAAGAGGGAGACACAGACAGGCCGCACCGGGCCUCUGACGGGAAGCUCCGAGGCCGGUCUAAGCGGAGCAGUGACCCCUCCCCAGCAGGCGACAAUGAGAUUGAGCGUGUGUUCGUGUGGGACUUGGAUGAGACAAUAAUUAUUUUUCACUCCUUACUCACGGGGACUUUUGCCUCCAGAUACGGGAAGGACACCACGGCGUCCGUGCGCAUCGGCCUCAUGAUGGAAGAAAUGAUCUUCAACCUCGCAGAUACACAUCUGUUCUUCAAUGACCUGGAGGACUGUGACCAGAUCCACGUGGACGAUGUCUCAUCCGAUGACAAUGGGCAAGAUUUAAGCACCUACAACUUCUCCGCUGAUGGCUUCCACAGUUCGGCCCCGGGGGCCAGCUUGUGCCUGGGCUCUGGUGUGCACGGCGGCGUGGACUGGAUGAGGAAGCUGGCCUUCCGCUACCGGCGAGUGAAGGAGAUGUACAACACCUACAAGAACAACGUCGGCGGCUUGAUAGGAGCUCCCAAAAGAGAGACAUGGCUACAGCUCAGAGCCGAGCUGGAAGCCCUGACGGACCUCUGGCUGACCCACUCCCUGAAGGCACUAAACCUCAUCAAUUCCCGGCCCAAUUGUGUCAACGUGCUGGUCACCACCACUCAACUAAUUCCUGCCCUGGCCAAAGUCCUGCUGUAUGGCCUGGGCUCCGUGUUUCCUAUCGAGAACAUCUACAGUGCAACCAAGACAGGGAAGGAGAGCUGCUUUGAGAGGAUAAUGCAGAGAUUCGGCAGAAAAGCCGUCUACAUCGUGAUUGGCGAUGGCGUGGAAGAGGAGCAGGGGGCGAAAAAGGUAUAUUCUCUCCGUCCGUCUCUCCGGCUGCUCUUUCCUCCUCUCUUGAGCCUGUCUCCUUCCCAGGCUCUUUGCUCGCCCGUCCCCUGCCAUUUGGAAAUCGCAGAAGCAUCCUGAGUAAUUUCCUGCAAAUCCCCCUCCGGGCCUUUGGCUGCCACCCCGGUAGCCCUGCAUUGUUUCUGGGACAACUGCUCGGGAGCCCAGAGACCCUCUGUCAGGGCAGGCUGGCCGGGGGGCUGGUGCCUGUUUUAUUUAAUGCUUACUGAUCAUAUGUUCCAGGAACCCUUCCCAGUUAAUAAAGACAGCAUUAAGCUAAUGAAAAAGAAAAUCCUGCAUUUGUGAUCUCAGGCCCAUGAGGAGAGGGGCAGGGGGCUUCUGGUGGCCACAGCUCUGUUCCAAAACCCUGGAUCUGGACCUGUCAACAGCAUCCCAGAGAGCCUGCCACUCCCCACCCGGAGAGGCCUGGGAAGCAGAUGGUUAAUGUCACAGAGCGUAAUUUGGUUUCCCCCUUCCCGCCCCAGAAACAGAUUCAAAAGAAAUGCAAAAACGUUUAGGGGUCUCAGCGGAUGGAACUCAUGAGAAGACAGAGGGCCCCGAGAGAGGGGUGCUUAGAAGGCUUUGCAUCUACUGUUCCAUCCACCUGGAAGGCUCCUCUGCUUUCCCAGCUCUCCCGGGCUCAUCCUUUCCGCCUCAGCAACACUUGCACCAGCUCCCACUCCAGCUCAGUCAGGCCUGCCUGCGACUCCCUCCCCCCGCUGUCCCUAGUCCUUCUCCAGGGCCUUAUCCCCUCCUGUCAUGAGAGAAUUACCUGUGUGC